AUGAGCAGGCACAAAUAUGUUCUGGACGCGAACAGCGUCAUCAAGUGUAAGGAUAUAUUGUUCACAAGCUACGACUGUUACCUUACAGAAGGAGUUAUAAAAGAAAUAAAAGAUGAGCAUUCGAGGAAGAGACUAAAUAACAUGAUGCCGCUACUAACUGUAGCAAAGGCGGAAGAGAGGGAUGUGAAUUUUGUAAAAUAUUUUUCCAAAUUGACCGGUGAUUACGAUUCACUGAGUGAGGUAGACAUAGACGUCAUUGCGCUGACUUAUAUGUUGCACCGUAUGCAUGGAGAUGUGUCCACAUUGAAUGCCGCUCCCAUGGAAACCAUUUAUAAGUACGACAAUGUGGAGUUUGAUUAUGUGGGUAAGGGCAGGCGCGAAAGGAACGACUCGGAGAAGUGCCCCAUGAGGGGUGAAGCAGAAACUGGGGAGGGCGAUGAGACCACCGCGAGCAGCGCCCAGCAGGAAAAGGCCGACUCAGGGGUGGAUGAUUUGAAGCGGGAAGAUGGCGGCGCGGGGGGGUGCAACAUGCUAGACGGGAGUAGCGCCGGUGAGGAUGGAAGUAUGGACGAGAUUGAUGCCGAUGAGGGGGGAGGUAUAGACGGGAGUAGCGCCGCUGAACGUGAAAGUAUGGACGAGAGUGACGCCGCUGAACGUGAAAGUAUACACGAGAGUGAGGCCGACUCAGAUGCUAGCGAUGAUGGAGACGGCUCACGCGCCGGGCGGGCAAGAAUCCGCGGGUGCGAAAUGAUCAAAGAGGAAGUCGUGCAAGUGCCGGAGGCGGCUGACCAGAAGGAGGACGACGAAGAGGGAGGUCAAUGGAUAAAUAUAAACAACUACGACACGCAAAAUGUAGAAGUAAACAAGGAAGAAAAAUUUACCCCCAAAGUAGCAUGUGUAACGACAGAUUAUGCCAUGCAGAAUGUGAUGUACCAGAUGGGAUUAAAUGUAAUCACACUGGAUGGAUUCAAAAUAAAUUCAAUAAAAUUGUGGGGACACAUAUGCACAUCAUGUUACACAUUUGUAAGAAAAACUUCUGUUCUGUUUUGCUCCAAGUGUGGAAAUAAUAACUUAAGAAAAGUAAAUGUCGUGGUGGAUAAUAAUUUAAAAAAGCUAGUCGUGAAAAUCCCCCAAUUUAGGGUUAAUAUAAAAAACACCAUUUAUAGUAUUCCAAAAAAAAAAAAUUCAGCCAAAAAAAAAUUUGAAGACAAGUUGCAAAUAUUUAGGGAAGACGAAUUACUCAUCGGGGGCAGAAAACAAUUUUUAACACACCAGAAAAAGCUUUACGAAUCUCAAAAAAGCAAAAAGGAUCCCUUUAGUGGAGACAACCUGCAUGACAACUACACCAACGACUGGACGUACAGGACCACUUUGAAAAAUGGCAAGGUGGCCAUUUUGACCAACCCGAAAAUUGUCGUGGGUGGCAAGAAGAAGCACCCCCACAGGAGGAGGAAGAACAAAUAG